UUUUAAUCUCAGAGGCAUACUACUAUAGUCUAGCAUAAUGAUGGCAGACCCGUUUGAAGUGCGCAUGCGCUUCACAGCGCAACUGCAGCACUUGAAUGCAUCCGUCACCUCAUCACAAAAAGCCGCACAUUAUGCGCUCAAGUACCGCGAUAUGGACGAAGAUCUACACUCAUGUAUUCUAGAGCAACUUGAAAGAAAUAAUAUGAACAACAGGGCCAACAUUCUAUACUUCAUCGAACAAUUCUGCGAAAUGGCUACUAAGGAAAACCAUAUCCAGUACGUCCGCAUGAUCCAACGAGAUAUAUUCCGAGUCGUGGACUCUGUUGCACCAGCAGACGGGUCGGGCGCUGCGAAUGUAAAGCACGUUCGACGAGUCCUGAAUGGUCUUCAGAACAAAGAGGUACUCUCUGCCGAAACGGUAGCCGAGUUUGACGCAGCUCUGAAAGAGCGAGAAACGCACCCGGCGCACCUUGACUUGGAGGCUGAAGAGGAAGAGGAAGCUGGUUCAAAGUCGAAGGCUGGGACACCGCGCGGCUCUAAAGCCAACGGCAUUCGUGUGGACAAAAGGCAGAUCGAGCAACGGAUCGAGGAAGAUCGCGAGCGCAACAAACGGCUACGAGAGAGUAUGUGGACUGUUCGAGGAGAUGACACUGAUGAACACCGAAAGUUCUGGGAUGAAACCAGCGAGAUUGGCGAAGAUGACUUUACAGCUGCGCAUGAGGAACUGAUGGAACGGAACGAAAUGGUCAGCGCUGUUUAAUUCUUUUAUCUAAUGCGUAUCGGAUGAACUCAGACAUAGCACGCAAGGCGUAAUUGGCGUAUAGGGUCAGCUUUCGGGCUUUUGGAAUGGGCAUAUUAACAUUGAGAUUUUAAGAUACCAGGACAAUAUAUAUAUGCAUGUUUGCAAUAUCGAAAUAAUCAACUUUUCUGGGUCCCCAAA